AGAGCACAGGAGGACAAGCCUUUUGUUUUGACAUUUCUGGCAGCUGACAUGUUUAACCCCCUGUCGCGGAGCAGCUGGCACGGAGCGCAGAUGAGGAUGAUGAUGAUGCUGAGACUGUAGAGAUGAGUGGUAUUAAUAGGAGGGCUUGAGUGUCACACGGUCUUUCACUGUUGAUACCGGGGGGCUUUGGCGGAGAGUCGGUGGACCGGGCUCGGGGGGCUUUCGCAUCAAGACUGCGCAGUUGGAAUUAAAAACAGGGAUUUGUUGUUUACCAGACGGGCAUCAUGGACGUGCUGGCAGUUCUUAAUUUGGGCGAAUUUCCCCAAAUUUUCUCCAAAAUGGGAAUGUUUCCUGUGUUUGAUCUCGCGUAUUACAUCGUGUCCAUCCUCUACCUCAAGUACGAGCCAGGCUCGGUGGAGGUUUCUCGCAAGAGUCCCGUGGCCUCCUGGCUCUGUGCCAUGCUCUACUGCUUUGGAAGUUACAUCCUGGCAGAUAUCAUGCUUGGAAGCAGCCCCAUCGACUAUUUCCAACACAACAGUCACAUCCUGCUGGCCUCGGCUGUGUGGUACCUCGUCUUUUACUGCCCUCUGAACCUCUUUUAUAAGUGUGUGGCUUUUCUACCAGUCAAGCUGGUGUUAGUUGCUCUGAAGGAAGUGGUCCGCACUCGUAAGAUCGCAGCAGGUGUCCACCAUGCCCACCACGCAUACCACCACGGCUUCCUCAUCAUGGUCAUCGUCGGAUACGUCAAAGGCUCUGGAGUAGCUCUCAUUUCCAAUUUUGAGCAGCUGUUGCGCGGCGUGUGGAGGCCUGACACCAACGAGAUCCUGAACAUGUCAUUCCCAACCAAAGCCAGUCUGUACGGAGCCAUCCUCUUCACCCUGCAGGAGGCUCAAUAUCUGCCAGUGUCAAAAAGCACCCUCAUCCUUGUCUUCACCCUCUUCAUGGCCACAAGCAAGGUGGUGAUGACCGCCCGACACUCUCACGGCUCCCCAUUCGCUCUCAUUGAGUCCUGGGUUUGCCACCUGUUGUUCGGCUCCCCUCUCGGUGGAUCUGAGGAAGACCACCAUCACGCUGCCGCCGCCCCAUCAUCACCUCUGAAAACCAAGGAGGAGCUGAGCGAAGGUGCUCGUAAGAGGAAGGCAAAGAAAGCAGAGUAGGACACCGUGUUACGACAGUGAAAACUGCGUCGGACUCGGCCUCCACUUGAUGGAACUUCCCAUUCCUUUCCAGGAAGGGAACAGUUUGAUGUUUUACAAAUGAAACCCUUUCUAUUAGAGCAAAACGGUGCUUUCUGCCUUUUACAUAGCACAAGAACUCUGUAAAUACUACGGCAAGGAUUCACACUUCAAACCAACCUGAAACCUAUUUCAUUAAGUGUUUGUGAACUUCUGCAGCUGUGCUCAGCACUGUGUGGUGAUCCAUGUUCGUGUCACAGUGACCUCUGAUCCACAUCAGUAGUUGUGUUUCCAUCAAACCUUAUUUCACCUCAGAAAGAAGGAGAAACUUUUUCUUAAUUCAACUGACUCUCCAUUAAAAAAUUCAAACUCGAAAGAAAAGAAAAUUGUGAAAUAACAUUGCUGCUUUUACACUGAGAAGAGGACAACAUCAUGUCUUUCAAUAAAAUCAAGAGAAACAUGG